AUGAAACCUGAACAAAAUCAAGAUGAGGUAGAACCUAAUGUUGCUGCAGCAACGCAACAGCAGCAAGAAGCCGCAAGAACGUGCCAGAAUAGACCACCACCGCCCUUUCCUCAAAGAUUUCAGAAGAAACAACAGGACAAGCAGUUUGGGAAGUUUCUUGACGUGCUGAAACAACUUCAUAUCAAUAUCCCAUUAGUUGAAGCUCUUGAGCAAAUGCCAAAUUACGUAAAAUUUAUGAAAGAAAUUCUUUCCAAGAGGAGGCAUUUGGGUGAGUUCGAGACAGUGGCACUUACAAAAGAGUGUGGGCUGAUUUCUCAAAGCACUUUACCACCUAAAUUGAAGGACCCAGGGAGUUUCACAAUCCCAUGUUCGAUUGGCAACACUUAUUUUGGUAAAGCCUUGUGUGAUUUGGGUGCAAGCAUAAAUUUAAUGCCAAUGUCUGUUUUUAAGCAGCUAGGUAUUGGUGAAGCUAGGCCAACUACAGUCACCCUUCAACUUGCCGAUCGAUCAUUUGUUCAUCCGGAGGGAAAAAUUGAGGAUGUGUUGGUGCGUGUUGAUAAAUUCAUUUUUCCGGUGGAUUUUGUGGUCUUGGAUUAUGAAGCAGACAAUUAUUUUGGGUAG